AAACGCUUUAUCUGGAACUUACUCUGCUCCCCAGAGGUCUGCCAGCUCAGCUGCUCUUUUGGUUGGGGAUCCUGCUGUAAUUCGAGAUAAAGGAGGCAAUUUUGUACUUCCUAGGGCUGAUGUCAUGAAAUUAAGAGAUCGUUUGAGAAAUGAAGAAUUAGCUGCUGGAUCUCUUAUGUCUAGGUUGAGAAAUAAGACCCUGCAGCACGAAGCUAUAACUGAUAUAGGUCACAAAAGAGAAAUGUGUGCUCAUGCCAGAAUACUAGCUCUGGAAGAAGCAAUUGACACUGAAUGGGUUUACAUGUGGGAUAAGUUUGGUGGUUAUUUACUUCUUUUACUUGGUUUGACGGCUAAAGCUGAACGUGUACAGGAUGAGGUUCGUUUAAGACUUUUCCUCGACAGCAUAGGAUUGCCAGAUCUCAGUGCUAAGGAUAUCAAAAAGUGGCUACCAGAGGAACAUAGGCGGUUUGAACUUAUACAAGAGAGUUAUAUAAGAGAGAAAGAGAUGGAAGAAGAAAUAUUGAUGCAGAGACGCGAAGAGGAAGGAAGGGGUAAAGAGAGGAGGAGAGCUCUUCUGGAGAAAGAAGAACGCAAAUGGAAAGAGAUAGAAGCUUCUCUUAUGUCAUCUAUUCCCAAUGCUGGCAACAGAGAAGCAGCAGCAGUUGCAGCUGCUGUUCGUGCAGUUGGAGGUGAUUCAGUUCUUGAUGAUUCUUUUGCUCGUGAGAGAGUUUCAAGCAUUGCACGCCGCAUACGUGCAGGCCAGUUAUCUCGGAGAGCACUCCAGACUGGACUUAGUGGUGCUGUAUGUAUUCUUGAUGAUGAGCCUACUACCAGCGGCAGACAUUGUGGAACCAUGGAUCUCAGUGUUUGUUGUAGUAAUAGAGUUAGCGUUUCUAUUGCUGUCAUGGUGCAGCUGGAGUCGGGACCAGUUUGUCUCUUGGGUUCUGAAAUGCAGAAGAAGAUAUGCUGGGAGUUUCUUGUUGCUGGGUCUGAGCAAGGCAUUGAAGCUGGACAAGUUGGACUUAGAUUAAUUACCAAGGGUGAUAGACAAACAACAGUCUCAAAGGAGUGGAGUGUGGGUGCGAGCAACAUUGCUGAUGGAAGGUGGCAUAUAGUUACAUUGACUGUAGAUGCUGAUUUAGGGGAAGUAUCUUGCUAUCUAGAUGGUAAUUUUGAUGGCUAUCAGACAGGGCUACCACUGCAUACUGGUAGUUGCAUAUGGGAGCAAGGAACAGAGGUUUGGGUGGGUAUACGGCCACCUAUUGAUCUUGACGCAUUUGGGAGGUCGGAUAGUGAAGCAGCUGAUUCUAAGAUGCAGAUAAUGGAUGUAUUUCUUUGGGGAAGGUGCUUAACUGAAGAUGAGAUUGCCACUCUUCCUGGUGCAGUUGUUACUGCGGAGUAUAAUAUGAUCAAUCUAUUAGAUGAUAAUUUUCAAUGGACGGACUCUCCAAAUAGGGUUGAUGACUGGGAGAGCGACCCUGCAGAUGUUGACCUUUAUGACAGAGAUGAUGUGGAUUGGGAUGGACAGUAUUCAAGUGGGAGGAGAAGGAGAUCUGAACGGGAUGGUGUCGUAUUGGAUGUUGAUUCUUUUACGAGAAGUUUGAGGAAAGCAUCAUUGGAGACACAAGAAGAAAUGAAUCAACGCAUGCGCUCAGUUGAAAUGGCUGUGAAGGAGGCUCUAUUGGCAAGAGGAGAAUCCCAAUUCACAGAUCAAGAAUUCCCCCCUGGUGUUCGCUCAUUAUUUGUUGAUCCAGAUAACCCUCCUUCAAAACUGCAGGUUGUUGCUGCAUGGAUGAGGCCCAUUGAAAUAGUUGAAGAGAAUCAGCUUGUUUCUGGUCCAUGCCUGUUUUCUGGAGCAGCAAAUUCUUCAGACGUUUGCCAGGGACGAUUGGGUGAUUGUUGGUUUCUGAGUGCAGUUGCUGUUUUAACUGAGGUUUCACGAAUAUCGGAAGUUAUAAUUACACCUGAAUACAAUGAGGAAGGAAUUUACACAGUUCGUUUCUGUAUCCAGGGGGAAUGGGUUCCUGUUGUUAUUGAUGAUUGGAUUCCCUGUGAGUCACCUGGUAAACCUGCAUUUGCCACCAGCAAGAAGAAAAAUGAACUGUGGGUCUCCAUCUUGGAGAAAGCUUAUGCUAAGCUUCAUGGUUCAUAUGAGGCAUUGGAAGGUGGACUUGUCCAAGAUGCUCUUGUUGAUCUCACUGGGGGCGCUGGUGAGGAAAUUGAUAUGAGAAGUACUGAAGCACAGAUCGAUCUUGCUAGUGGAAGAUUAUGGUCUCAAGUGUUACGGUUCAAUCAACAAGGUUUUCUACUUGGUGCUGGUAGUCCUUCAGGUUCAGAUGUGCAUAUUUCUUCGAGUGGUAUUGUUCAAGGCCAUGCCUACUCAAUAUUGCAGGUACGAGAAGUAGAUGGUUAUAAACUUGUUCAGAUCAGAAAUCCAUGGGCAAAUGAGGUUGAGUGGAAUGGUCCUUGGUCUGAUUCAUCACCUGAAUGGACAGACAGGAUGAAACACAAGCUCAAACAUGUCCCCCAGGCAAAAGAUGGCAUAUUCUGGAUGUCUUGGCAAGAUUUUCAAAUACAUUUCAGGUCUAUUUAUGUUUGUCGUGUGUAUCCACCGGAAAUGCGUUAUUCUGUUCAUGGACAGUGGCGAGGUUGUAGUGCUGGCGGCUGCCAGGAUUAUGAUACUUGGCACCAGAACCCGCAGUUCUGUCUGAAGGCCAGAGGGCCCGAUGCUUCUUUGCCCAUUCAUGUUUUCAUUACCUUAACUCAGGGCGUGAGCUUUUCAAGGACAGCUGCUGGUUUCAGAAAUUAUCAGUCCAGCCAUGAUUCCAUGUUGUUCUACAUUGGGAUGAGGAUUCUAAAGACCCGUGGCCGGCGCGCUUCCUUCAACAUUUAUAUGCAUGAAUCUGUUGGUGGAACAGAUUAUGUAAACUCUCGAGAAAUUUCGUGUGAGAUGGUGUUGGAACCUGAUCCAAAAGGUUACACAAUUGUGCCUACAACAAUACACCCCGGUGAAGAGGCACCUUUUGUACUCAAUGUAUUUACAAAGGCCUCAGUGUUACUUGAAGCUUUAUAGAGUGCAUGGUCCAGUCAUCGGGUUUUAAAGAAGAUUUUGCUUGCUAUGUCCCUCUGAGCAUUUCACGCCCGGCAGCUGUUAAUGACAAAUAUGUGUGACACAGAUUACACUGCCUUGUUGAUGCCAGACAUGCAGAAGCAGCUGGUGUGCCUCAUCCCCUAAAAGUGAGGUGUUCAGCCUUAGCCCUAAUUCUUAGAAGGUCGUUUUGUAUGCCGUGCUGAUGAUGCUCUUCAAUCCACAGGAAGGUGAGACACAAAGUACCUAUAAGAGCUUCCUUUCCCAUUUCUGUCAAAACUUGAUGUUCUCUCAAAGAGAGUUCUUGGGAAUGCGAAGGUGUGUACAUGAGUAGAUGCUGUAAGAGUAUAGAAUCUAAUCGUGUAAAUGAACGGCGAAAAGGGGAAAAAAUGAAUAUUAAUCAAAGGGUAGGAAUGUUAGUGUUAGAGUAUGCCUAAUUGGUGAUCGUAGAGCGUUUAUAUUGCAGAUUUAAGUUGCUUUUUCAGCAACAGUUUUGAAAUAUUGCAAGGAAGAUUUGCUUGUAAAGUGGUUAGUCCUGUUUUAAUUUAGCAUUUGUCAAUUAUGCUCUCUUACUAAGAUGAAAACAAGUCCUUAUCUUUCAAGGCCAUUGCAUUCCGGGUGU